ACUUGCAAGGUCCCGGUCGUCGUGAUAUUUUAAAGUCACACAGCAACCGUCCGAACCCCUCCUGUUAACUGCACGAGGCAAAAUGAGCAAUCUCGACUCGACCCUUGCCGGCCACGCCGUGCCAAAACCAGGAGCGUCGCAGCCUACAAAUGAUGGACUGGAUCUGAUUGAGGAGCACAUCCUCCCAAAACUCGACCCCGAAUUUCUCCAGUAUUUCAUCGACGUCAUCGCCAAGCAACCGCCCGCCCACACAAUCCCCAUUGAGGAGGUUCGCAAAAGUCCUCAAAAACAUCAGCCGCCUUGUGCUCUCGAUUCUUCCAAAGAAAAGGGCGUAGGUGACCAUGUUGUCAGCUCGCAAGAUGGCACAAGCAUCCCGGUGCGAGUCUACCACCCGGUUGAAGACGAGCGAGGAGUUGUGCGACCCGGCCCCCAUCCUGUGCACCUAAACUUCCACGGAGGCGGCUUUGUGCUCGGUGACCUGCACUCAGAGGCGGGUCUGUGCUUGGUAAUGCGCAAGGCCGGUGUUGUCGUGGUUGAUGUCAACUAUCGGCAUUGUCCAGAAACGAUAUGGGGCAAGUGCAUCCAAGAUGCAUGGGCCGCGCUCAACUGGGUCCGUGAUGAACAUGUCAGCCUCAACGUCGACCCCUUCUCCAUCUCAAUCGGCGGCGUCUCCGCUGGCGGUCACAUCUCGCUAGUCUUGCAGCACAUGGCUAGAGAUGCCGGGAUCCCGCUUAAGCUGUGCAUGCCCACCGUGCCCCCCACCACUGACUGCCUCAGUCUUGACUACUACACCCAAUCUCCCUAUCCGUCCUUCCACGAAUUCCACCGGGGGCCAGUCCUGCCGUGGAAGCGGAUCAAGUAUUUUGGCAACCAGUGCAUGCCGCGAGACAAGCUGCCGGAAAUCAGAAAGAUGUGGCCCGACUGGUGGCUUGCCCCCAUGCGUGCUCCCAACUGGAGUGGGUUAUGUAAUACCUACAUCCGCACCGCAGAAGUGGAUCCGCUGCGGGACGAGGGAGAAGCCUAUGCAAUGAAACUUGUUGCUAACGGCACCAUGGUCACUCUUAAGCGGUACUUGGGAUGUCCCCAUACAUUUAUGUACUUGGGCGUCCUGUCACAGAAAAGGCAGUGGGACGAAGAUAGCAUCCAUGCUCUUAAGGUUGCCCAUGGGUUACUGAAAUAAGGUACCUAUUCUACACUUUCACAAUGUAGUAAUAGACCGGAAGCGGAUACAAGCACUAUUUCUCUCUCACGUACUCGUUCUUUUAUAUACAGCAAG